GGGCUGGCACAGUUCUUAAGAAUACAGUUUUAAAAAAGCUAAUACAUCGAAAAAAGUCUUCCAGUCCAUCUUAAGGCGAUCCCAAUUCCUUUACAAGAAAGCAUGCAUUUUUUUCAGACGGACGCUUUCUGACCAUUUGAAAGUAUACCGCUCUCUCAGAAUUUAACUUAUUUUUAGGACCGUUAAGACGAGCGACACAGAUAGGCUCAGCUAACUAUUUUAAGGAAAUUCUGAAUCAUAAAUAAAAUCAUUUCAUUCUAAAAUCUGUUCGUGUUCUGGAGAUCUCCGGAGAACGGGAUUGUGGUGUACCGGUUAUUGCCGGAGGGGGGCGCUGUGGGAAAUGACCGCCAGGCAGUAAGGAGCGGAAGUAAAGAGCGACGCUCUAGGAAACGGGAAGCAGCAGUGAAAUGCAGUGAGCUGGAAUGGUUUGUUUCUUCGCUGGGAGCGGAGAGGUUUGAUUUUAAAAACGGAUGGAAAUACGAUUCGCAUCACUUCAGCGAGACCACUCGGCUGUGCAUGCAAAUUAAAGGAGGAUUGGGUUCCUUUGGCUAGAGUCUCCGGGUCUGUCUCUCACCCCUGUCCCGGAGAUAGCUGCUUCUUUGGGGGGUAAGACAGAAGAAGUAUCCAGUUUGGGCCCCAGCUGCGGAGAACUAAGACAACGACACAACUGGUGGCAAAGCAAACACCUGCAGGAUGUCGGAGUCAGACAGCGAGGAGGAUCAGGACCAGCCCUUCUCCCUCACCGGCUUCCUGUUCGGAAACAUCAACGAGGACGGCCAGCUGGAAGAUGACAGCGUGCUGGACACUGAGUCAAAGAAGCACCUGGCUGGGCUGGGCUCACUGGGCCUGGGCAACCUGCUCACGGAGAUCACGGCCAGCGAGGACGAUCCGCCCCAGGAUGAGAGGGACUCAUCGGGGACAGACGCGGAGGGCUGGGUGAAGAGCACAGAGGACGCCGUGGACUACUCGGACAUCAGUGAGGUCGCCGAGGACGAGACGCGGAAAUACCGCCAGGCCAUGGGCAGCCUUCCGGCCCUCCACCGGACAGACGACGACGACGACGACUACGAUGCCGACUGCGAGGACAUCGAUGCCAAGCUGAUGCCCCCGCCUCCGCCGCCCGUGCUGCCCACCAUGCCCAAGAGAGACGAGCCCGCGGCUCCUGGUCCCAGCGUCGGAGACGAGGGCGACGGGAUCAUCCUGCCGUCCAUCAUCGCGCCGUCCGCGGCGGGGGAGAAGGUGGACUUCAGCAGCUCCUCGGACUCGGAGUCGGAGACGGAUCGCCCCAGCAAGGGUGCCGGGGGAGGGUCCGAGGGCAGCCUGACCCUGCCGCUGGCCGGCAUCAUGCAGCGGGACGCCACCAAGCUCCUGCCCAGCGUCACGGACCUCUUCCCCGAAUUCCGUCCGGGAAAGGUCCUGCGUUUCCUGCGGCUGUUCGGCCCCGGCAAGAACAUGCCGUCGGUGUGGCGCAGCGCGCGGCGGAAGCGCAAGAAGAAGCACCGGGAGCCGCACCCCGGGACGCCGCCGCCCGGCGACCCCGAGCACGGGGAGGCGGGGCCGGAGAAGAAAUCGGGGUGGGACUACGAGUACGCCCCGGCCCUGCCGCCAGAGCAGUGCCUCUCUGACGAUGAGAUUACCAUGAUGGCUCCCGUGGAGUCGAAGUUCUCUCAGUCCGCCGGGGACGGGGACAAGGUGGCGGAGACGCGGCCCCGGGUGGCCGAGUGGCGGUACGGCCCCGCGCAGCUGUGGUACGACAUGCUGGGCGUGCCGGAGGACGGCGCGGGCUUCGACUACGGUUUCCGGUUGAAGGGCUCCCAGCCGGAAGAGCCGGAGCAGGCCGAGCCGGAGGAGGGGGGAGGGGAGCCGGAGGCGGAGCUGCUGGAGAACGAGCACUUCCUCAUGGUGACGCAGCUGCGCUGGGAGGAGGACAUCAUCUGGAACGGCGAGGACGUCAAGCACAAGGGCACCAAGACGCAGCGUGCCAGCCUGGCCGGCUGGCUGCCCUCCAGCAUGACCCGCAACGCCAACGCCUACAAUGCCCAGCAGGGUCUUAGCCGCAGUAACUCACAGCUGGUGCCCCCUACCCCUCCUCCGCUGCCCAAAGCUACCCCCCCCGGUACCCAGGGCUCCGGCAAGAUUCGGGACAAACACUCCCAGGAACAGCAGGUCUCCAUGGAGGAGGAUUCCCCUUGGUUCUCCAUCUUCCCCAUCGAUAACGAGGAGCUGGUGUACGGCCGUUGGGAGGACAACAUCAUCUGGGAUGACCAGGCCAUGGACGACAUGCCCACCCCACCAGUGCUCACCCUGGACCCCAAUGACGAGAACAUCAUCCUAGAGAUCCCAGACGAGAAAGAGGAGAUGACCUCCAACUCCCCCUCCAAGGAGAACAAGAAAGAAUCGGCCUUGAAGAAGAGCCGCAUCCUUCUGGGCAAGACUGGCGUCAUCAAGGAUGAGCCCCAGCAGAACAUGUCCCAGCCAGAGGUGAAGGACCCCUGGAACUUGUCAAAUGAUGAGUUCUACUACCCCAAGCAGCAGGGUCUGCGGGGCACCUUCGGAGGCAACAUCAUCCAGCACUCCAUCCCUUCAGUGGAGCUGAGGCAACCGUUCUUCCCCACCCACAUGGGUCCCAUGAAGCUGCGGCAGUUCCACCGGCCCACCCUGAAGAAGUACUCCUUCGGGGUGCUGUCCCAGCCCGGCCCCCACCCUGUCCAGCCGCUGCUCAAACACAUCAAGAAGAAGGCCAAGAUGCGGGAGCAGGAGCGCCAGGCCUCCGGCGGCGGCGACAUGUUCUUCAUGCGGACGGCGCAGGACCUGACGGGCAAGGACGGCGACCUCAUCCUGGCCGAGUACAGCGAGGAGUACCCCCCGCUCAUGAUGCAAGUGGGCAUGGCCACCAAGAUCAAGAACUACUACAAGAGGAAACCAGGCAAGGAUCCCGGGGCGCCUGACUGCAAGUACGGAGAGACGGUGUACUGCCACACCUCCCCCUUCCUGGGGUCCCUGCACCCGGGACAGCUGCUGCAGGCCUUUGAGAAUAACCUCUUCCGCGCCCCCAUCUACCUGCACAAGAUGCCGGAGACGGACUUCCUGAUCCUGCGCACGCGACAGGGCUACUAUGUCCGCGAGCUGGUGGACAUCAUUGUGGUGGGCCAGGAGUGCCCGCUGUUUGAGGUGCCCGGGCCCAACUCCAAACGUGCCAACACGCAUAUCCGCGACUUCCUCCAGGUCUUCAUUUACCGGCUCUUCUGGAAGAGCAAGGACAGGCCUCGGCGGAUUCGGAUGGAGGACAUCAAGAAAGCCUUCCCCUCGCACUCGGAGAGCAGCAUCCGCAAGCGGCUGAAGCUGUGCGCCGACUUCAAGCGCACAGGGAUGGACUCCAAUUGGUGGGUGCUGAAGCCAGAUUUCCGGCUGCCCACCGAGGAGGAGAUCCGGGCCAUGGUGUCUCCAGAGCAGUGCUGUGCCUAUUACAGCAUGCUGGUAGCCGAGCAGAGACUCAAGGAUGCCGGCUAUGGAGAAAAGUCCUUCUUCGCCCCCGAGGAGGAGAAUGAGGAGGACUUCCAGAUGAAGAUUGAUGAUGAGGUGCGCACGGCCCCCUGGAACACCACGCGGGCGUUCAUCGCGGCCAUGAAGGGCAAGUGUCUGCUGGAGGUGACGGGAGUGGCCGACCCCACAGGCUGUGGGGAGGGCUUCUCCUACGUCAAGGUUCCCAACAAGCCAACGCAGCAGAAGGACGAUAAGGAGCCCCAGCCUGCCAAGAAGACCGUGACGGGGACAGACGCUGACUUGAGGCGGCUUUCUCUUAAAAAUGCCAAACAGCUUCUACGAAAAUUCGGGGUUCCAGAAGAAGAGAUUAAGAAGCUGUCUCGCUGGGAGGUGAUCGAUGUGGUGCGCACCAUGUCGACGGAGCAGGCGCGCUCUGGAGAGGGCCCGAUGAGCAAGUUUGCCCGGGGCUCUCGCUUCUCCGUGGCAGAGCACCAGGAGAGGUACAAGGAGGAGUGCCAGCGCAUCUUCGACCUGCAGAACAAGGUGCUGGAGUCGACGGAGGUCCUGUCCACCGACACGGACAGCAGCUCUGCGGAGGACAGUGACUUCGAGGAGAUGGGCAAGAACAUCGAGAACAUGCUGCAGAACAAGAAGACGAGCUCGCAGCUGUCCCGCGAGAGGGAGGAGCAGGAGAGGAAGGAGCUUCAGAGGAUGCUGCUGGGCGAGGACAGUGGCCCCGACCGGGACAAGAACCGCAAGGACCGGCGAGACCGCAAGGGCUGCUCCAGUGCCCUGUCCACCAGCUCCCACAAGGAUGACGACGCCUCCUCGGUCACCAGCCUUAACUCCUCGGCCACCGGGCGGCGCCUUAAGAUCUACCGCACUUUCCGCGAUGAGGACGGCAAGGAGUACGUGCGCUGCGAGACCGUCAGGAAGCCGUCCGUCAUCGACGCCUACACGCGCAUCCGCACCACCAAGGACGACGACUUCAUCCGGAAGUUCGCCCUGUUCGACGAGCAGCACCGCGAGGAGAUGCGGAAGGAGCGGAGGCGCAUCCAGGAGCAGCUGCGGCGCCUCAAGCGCAACCAGGAGAAGGAGAAGAUCAAGGGCCCGCCCGAGAAGAAGCCCAAGAAGAUAAAGGAGCGCCCGGAUCUCAAGCUGAAGUGUGGCGCCUGCGGUGCGAUUGGUCACAUGAGGACCAACAAGUUCUGCCCGCUGUACUACCAGACCAAUGCCCCGCCCUCCAACCCGGUCGCCAUGACGGAGGAGCAGGAGGAGGAGCUGGAGAAGACGGUCAUCCACAAUGACAACGAGGAGCUCAUCAAGGUGGAGGGCACUAAGAUUGUGCUGGGCAAGCAGCUCAUUGAGAGCGCGGACGAGGUGCGGAGGAAGUCCCUGGUCCUGAAGUUCCCGAAGCAGCAGCUGCCUCCGAAGAAGAAGCGGCGCGUGGGCACGACCGUGCACUGCGACUACCUCAACCGCCCACACAAGUCGAUCCACCGCCGGCGCACGGACCCCAUGGUCACCCUGUCCUCGGUCCUCGAGGGCAUCAUCAACGACAUGCGGGACCACCCCAACACCUACCCCUUCCACACUCCCGUCAACGCCAAGGUGGUGAAGGAUUACUACAAGAUCAUCACCCGGCCGAUGGACCUGCAGACUCUGCGGGAGAACGUCCGCAAGCGCAUGUACCCGUCGCGGGAGGAGUUCCGCGAGAGCGUGGAGCUCAUCGUCAAGAACAGCAUCACCUACAACGGUGCAAAGCAUCCUCUGACCCAGGUUGCGCAGUCCAUGCUGGAUCUGUGUGACGAGAAGCUGAAGGAGAAAGAGGACAGGCUGGUGAGGCUAGAGAAGGCCAUAAACCCCCUGCUGGAUGACGACGACCAGGUGGCCUUCUCCUUCAUCCUUGACAACAUCGUCACGCAGAAGAUGAUGGCUGUGCCAGACUCCUGGCCAUUCCAUCACCCGGUCAAUAAGAAGUUUGUUCCAGACUAUUACAAAGUGAUCAUCAACCCCAUGGACCUGGAAAACAUCCGCAAGAACAUCUCAAAGCACAAGUACCAGAACAGAGAGGCUUUUCUCGAUGAUGUCAAUCUUAUCUAUACCAACAGUGUGAAGUAUAAUGGUGAGCUGGACUGCCCCGACAGCCCCUACACCAAGACCGCUCAGGAGAUUGUCAAUGUCUGCAAGCAGACGCUAGCUGAGUAUGAUGAACACCUGACUCAGCUGGAGAAGGACAUCUCUACAGCCAAGGAGGCAGCUCUGGAUGCGGCUGACCUGGAGAGCCUUGACCCCAUGACACCUGGGCCCUACACCCCGCAGCCUCCUGACCUGUACGACUCCAGCACAUCCAUGAGCCUCCCGAGGGAUCCCAGUCUGUACGCCGAUGCCACGCCCACCACCACGCCCGAGAAGAGGGGCGGGCAGGCGCGUCAUGGGCGAGGCCGACUCGGUGAGGAAGAGUCGGAUGUGGACAUAGAAGGAUUUGAGGAAGAGGAUGAUGGCAAGCCCAAGACCCCAACUCCUGCGGACGAUGGAGAUGGGGACCUGGAAGAGGAGGACGAGGAUCUGUCCCAGCGGCGGUGCGAGGAUGAGGACGACGACGAAGGCUCAUCGCGGCCUGCGCAGGCCAGCGUGCUGUACCAGGACCUGCUGAUGUCGGACGGCGAGGAUGAUGAGGCCAGCGAGGAAGAGGGAGACAACCCGUUCUCCUCAUUCCACCUGAGCGAGAGCGGCAGCGACUCGGAACCGGAGGGGGGGAUGCGUCCCCAGCAGCCGCGGGUCCACCAGGAGACGGCGCGGCUGGGGCUGGACCAGGACGAGAGCAUGAUGUCUUUCGAGGGGGACGGCGCCGAGCACUCGCAGCUGGAGGACAGCAACAUCAGCUAUGGCAGCUACGAGGAGGGGGAGGGGCGCACCCGCCGGCACCCUGCCAGCCUGGGCAGCAGCGCGGGCUACGGGCUGAGUGAAGAGGAGGAGGAGGACGAGGAAGAGGAGGAAGAAGAUGCGGGGCGGCGGCACGGACCCUGCGUGCUCUCGCAGGUCCACCUGAGCGAAGACGAGGACGACAGCGAGGACUUCCGUUCCAUUGGGGGGGACAGCGACAUGGACUCCGAUACCUAGGGAGAGCCCCCAAACAUCUGGACAACUGGGGCUGCAUUUGCAUCUGCCUUUCGCCCAGCCCCUUCGGUGGUGGUCUGGGCUGUGCCGAGCAGCACUCACAACGUAGCCUCCCGUACCGCCAGGUGCUGGACAGAGACAUUUCCAUCUAGCCAGAGGAAGCCAUUGGAAUACUUGCAGUCUGGAUUUGUCGUGGCCUUGUGCCUUAGUGACCACACGAUCAUGCAGUGGCUUAGCUUUCCCAAUCCCUUUCAGGGUCUGGAAUUUCUCUGUGUAAAACCUUCCUUUCUGCACCCAUCUGGUCAGUCUUCUCUGUGCUGUUCUCCAUUGUGAGCAUUUUUUCCAUCCUCCAUUGUGAGCGUUCACCUUUCCCAGCCAGUCCUCCUGGAACAGUCUGUGGGAUUCUGAUUGGGGUCCACCGGAGACCCCAAGACUUCACCGCAAUGCCAUCCUGCUAUUGUAAAGCACCUUCGUCUGUGGGGUUUGAGUUACACAGCCUCACGGAGUAGGGUAAAGACUGAUUUUGGAGGCCGUGGACAAGUGGGGCCGAGACUCUGUUGAGCCGCCCCCGGUGAAGCUGGUCGGAGCUUAUGGACCAGGUCACCUUUCCCGUGUGCGCAGUCGAGCGUUGCUCCGCUCAAUCACGUGAUGUGUGUCACCACCGCACCCGUUUGGCAGACUUUUUUGUGUAAAGUCCGCGCUUACAAAUGAUAAUAAAGAUUUUUUUCCACAUGA